AAGUUCAGAUGCUAACUUACAAUUAACCCUUUCUUUCAGUUUAAACCAUUUUUGGGACAAAAACCUCCCUAAAACCCACAGCCAUCUACUUCAUAUUUCAAUUUUUAACGGGUUUGCGGAUUGCUUUCAGCUCAGCUAAUACUGCUCGUCAAUGGAGGCUGACAAGGAACUUACAGGCCUCAGUAAUGCAGAGACUAAAAGCAGCAUCUUGUUUCUUCCUGAGCUUUUUGAAGAUGAUCCUUUCUUCCAGAAAAAGAAGAAAUUACUUGAAGAUCUUUCUUUAGAUGGACAGGAAAUCAUGUCCUUGAAAAGCUCCUCCAGUCCUUCUCAAUGGAAGGAUAUCCUGGACAUAAUGCUUAAACGAGCAAGGAUCAUUAACUUAAAUGAGAUUGAACUGUAUUUUGCGGGAGCAGAUGUAUAUAACUUCGUUAGUCCAAGGAAUGAAUUGGAAGCUCUUCAUUCAGUUAUUGGACUCGUUGAGAGCUCAAUGUCCAGUGAUAAGCACGAGGUGGAAUCUUUAUUAGGAUUGAUGCACAAGGCAGCAUUUGAUUUGAUACAUCAACUUGGGGAAAAAGUUGGAGAGGAAACUAGAGUUGUUAGAGAAUCCAGUUGUGAGAAGGAGAAUUCCUUAAUGCAAUGGGGCAAAAGCAAUGGUGUCAACACAAAGUUGGAGAUUACUUAUGUUGAAGGAGCUGGAAGAGGAGCUAUUGCAACAGAAAAUCUGAAAGUUGGUGAUAUUGCUAUGGAGAUCCCUCUGUCUUUGCUCAUCUGUGAUAAAGAUGUCAUUGAAUCUGACAUGUUUCCGAUAUUGAAGAAAAUUGAUGGUAUUGAAUCAGAGACAAUGUUGUUACUUUGGAGCAUGAAGGAGAAGCACAACCUCCAUUCCAAAUAUAAGUUAUAUUUUGAGUCAUUGCCUGAAGCAUUUAAUACAGGCUUGAGCUUUGGGGUCAGUGCUAUCAUGGGUCUGGAUGGAACAAUCUUGUUAGAAGAGAUAGUGCAAGCCAAGGAGCAUUUGCGUACUCAGUAUGAACAGUUAUUUCCUGCUAUAUGCGAAAGCCAUCCUGAUAUAUUUCCAGCUGAGCUCUAUACAUGGGAGCAGUUUCUUUGGGCUUGCGAACUUUGGUAUUCAAACAGCAUGAAGAUCAUGUUUGAUGAUGGAAAGCUUAGGACAUGCUUAGUUCCUAUUGCUGGAUUUCUCAACCACUCGACAUGUCCACACAUAUUGCACUAUGGAAAAACAGACCCAGUAACAAAAUCUGUAAAGUUUCCUUUGUCAAGACCAUGCAACGCAGGCGACCAAUGCUUCCUUAGCUAUGGAAACUUCUCCAGCUCACAUUUACUUACAUUCUACGGCUUUAUGCCAAAACAAGAAAAUCCUUAUGAUGUUAUUCCACUGGAUUUUGAUAUCGCCACUGAUGAAGAUUGUGUGGAUGGGGAACCUUGCGAAUGGGGGACUCACAUGGUGCGGGGUACCUGGUUUUCAAAGAACAAUGGGAUAUUUAAUUAUGGUUUGCCUCCUCCAUUACUUGAUCAUCUGCGUAGAGCUCGAGGCUCCACGUCUAAAGCAAAGACCCGUGUAAUGUUUUAUUCUAAAUCAUUUUUAUUUUUCAUCUUUAUUUCACUUCAAUUUCCAGUCAUUUGGCAUGUCAACCAGCUCUCCUUCUCCAGAACUUAUCAUUCUUGUUAGAAAGCUCAAUCCUGAAAUCUACACAUUUCUAAAAUCUCCAUGUGCAGGAUAACCUGGAAAUUGAACUUGAAAUUCUCGAUGACCUUGGUUCAACAUUUGAAGGAAUGAUGGAGACCUUAGGCGACGAAGAGUCUGAUGACAGGGACGGCAGUGAUUGGGAUGUAACGCUUGCAAUGGAUUUCAAAGAUUUACAGAGGAGAAUAGUCACCUCCAUCAUAACAUCAUGCAAUGCUGGCCGAGAAUUGUUGGAAUGUGAACUGAGUACAUGCACAGACUGAAGGCUAUAGCCUAGGGGAAACUUCUUUCCAGAGUCAGUUCUCUUGAAGUUCAGUUAUAUAUAUGCUUUCCCAGAAUUAGUCCAAUUAAGAAUGACUGAUAGAUUCAGUUAACCCGUAGAGUAUACUCAAACAAGUCUGCAUUUUACAUGUGUACAAUCCUCCUUUGUUCUCUCUCGUAAACAUUUAUUCUAUUACACGAUAUGACUUUACGAGAAAUGAAAGGAAAAAUUUGAGGAUUCUAAAAGUUUGAUAUCCUAUACAUUUAAGAUUUUGACUAGUUUGUUAUCUACAUAAGCUAGUUGAUGAUUA